UUAUCACUUCAGUUCUGUUUCGGGGGAAAGCCAGAAGGAAGCAAGUGUUCUGAGAGCUAAAAGUAUCUUCAGCUGCUUCAUGAGGAGCAGUCGAAGGGAAAAUGACCUCUAUUUACAGAAGCCUUCAUGACAGUUAUGUGUCAAACAAAGCGAGAAAGACCAGCUGUCUGACAUUAGCUGUGGUUUUGGGCUGCCUGACGGUCCUGGGGAUCCUGCUGGCCAUCGCCGUGCUCGAAAGACCACCGCCCCCCCAAGAUCAUGGUACACUUCCAGGGGAAGCCUGCGGGAGUGACUUCUCUACGGACCAGUGCAGUAUGGUCCUGGUGGAGAGCAUCCCUCAGCAGAUGAAAUAUAAAGCCAACGUAACAUUUGGGCUCCCCCUGGAGAAAGCCUGGAAAGAUCUUCUCUCCAUGGCUACGCACCAAGUGGAUGUGUCCUCUUUCUACUGGACUUUAACUGGGGACGACAUCAACAUCAACUCCACCUCAGACAUACCUGGUCGGGACAUCCUGAGAGCACUUGAAGAGCUGCCUUCCAGGAACGUAUCUGUCCGACUGGUGACCAGUAUUCCCAGCGUUAGAACAAACUCAACAGAUUUAGAGAACCUGAAACAGAAAGGAGUUCAUGUGAGGAAGGUGAACUUUGGGCGUUUGACGAGGGGCGUCCUCCACAGCAAGUUCUGGAUUGUUGACAGGAAACACGUGUUUAUCGGGAGUGCCAACAUGGACUGGAGGGCUCUUACACAGGUGAAGGAACUGGGAGUGGUUGUGUACAACUGCUCCAGCCUGGCAAAGGACCUGCACAAGAUUUUCCAGUCCUACUGGGAGAUGGGGCAGUCCAACAGCUCCCUGCCACAGCCCUGGCCUGCAGAGUACGACACUGACAUCAACCAACAUCACCCCCUGCUGGUGAAAACCAAUAACGUCUCCAGCAGGCUUUACCUCACAGGUUCUCCACCAUCAUUCUGCCCUCCAUCGAGGACUCAGGACCUGGAGGCCAUUCUCUCCAGCAUCUCAGAGGCCCAACACUACGUUGAUGUGGCCGUCAUGGAGUACUUCCCCACCACACGCUUUGAAUAUCCUCGAAGAUACUGGCCAGUCAUUGAUGAUGCCAUCAGGACGGCUGCGUUCGAGAGGCACGUGAGGAUCCGGAUGCUGAUCAGCUGUGGGCAGGACUCGGAUCCAGCCAUGCUGCCCUUCCUUCAGUCUCUAGCUGCAAUGAACAGUCCUGACCGGGGAAUCAGCAUCCAGAUAAAAUUGUACAUCGUGCCUGUGGGAAACCACUCUGAUAUUCCAUAUUCCAGAAUCAACCACAGUAAAUACAUGGUGACUGAUAAAGUAGCCUACGUUGGUACUUCUAACUGGUCAGGGGACUACUUUACGACCACAGCUGGAGUGGGUCUGGUGAUCUCCCAGCGUGCCCCUCACUCUGUGUGGAAGACGGAAGCCCUGCAGAGCCAACUCAAGGAGGUCUUCGACAGGGACUGGCAAUCGGAGUUCGCUGUGCACCUGGAUGAGCUGGGGCACCACCAGGACUGUAAUCUAUCAAGAUGACAGAGACCUUUUUAUUUAGGUAGCACAUAAAUGUAUUUUAUUACCAACAGCUCAUAUUCAAGUUCAAGUUUAUCGCUGUUGCUAUGUUAUGUGUUAAAAUCAGCUUUUCGAGGAUGAAGCAGACAUUUUUAUAAAAAUGAAACCCUGCAACCAAAAGUUUGAAGUAAACAUGCUGUCUCAUCCUCAUUUGCUUUACUAUAUAAUGUUAUGCACCUAUACAUACAAAUGUUUUUACAGAAUGUAAUGGGUGUUUAUUGCUGAACUAACUGUUGAAUUCAUGGUACUGGAUAUACUGUAUAAUCAUGCUGAAUAUAUGUUAUCAUCCAUGAGAUUUUCUAAAAACAGUAAAUAAUAUAGCAUAGUCAAUUAUUUGUCAUAAUGUAAGCAAGGUGGGCCGAGUGAUACUUUGGAGGGAAGGAAGUCAGUGUAGCUAAUUUGGGAUCCUUGCACCAUUUGGCAUCUUAACAGUAAAAUACAACUGGUGUUUGAUUUUUGCCCAUGGCCCACCAUUAUUUUUCAGCUCUUUUGCAGCUGCAGCCACAUCCAUAUCUAUGUCCGUUAUCACUGUCACGUCGGAUGGUUAUUUCAAGUCUCAGUCCUUCUCAGUAGAUGUUUGUCAUUUUUGAGUUAGCUGUCAAAAUCACUGGAAAGGAUCAAUAAAGUAUUUCCUGCUGCA